AUGUUGUCUGCAGUUCUCCUCUGCUCUGUGUACCUCCUGGUGCUGCUGGGGAACUGGACUGUCCUUGCCAUAAUUAAGGCAGAGCAGAGUCUCCAUGCACCCAUGUAUCUACUCCUUGCCAUGCUAGCUGUGGCUGACCUGGGCUUGUCCACAUCUGUGUUCCCAACCAUGCUGAGGAUGCUGUGGCUGGAGGCCAGAGAGAUCAGUUUCAGCACCUGCUUUUCCCAAAUGUUCUUCAUUCACAGCUUCACAGAUAUUGAAUCUGCCACCAUUCUGGCAAUGGCCUUUGAUCGUUACGUGGCCAUCUGCCACCCUCUGCGAUAUUCCUCCAUCCUCACCAACUCAGUGAUCACCAAGAUAUGUGCGGCAAUUGUCAUAAGAACCAUCCUCCUCCAGUUCCCACUCCCGAUCCUACUGACCCGGCUGUGUUUCUCCACAGCCAGCAAGCUCUCCCAUCCCUACUGCUUGCAUCCAGAUAUCAUCAAACAAGCAGACUCUGACACAAAGAUCAACAGCGCCUGUGGCCUUUUCGUGCUACUCUCCACACUGGGUUUGGACUUGCUCUUUGUGCUCCUGUCCUACCUUCUGAUCCUUAGGGCUGUCCUGAACAUUGCAACUUGGAGAGAGCGUCUCAAAGCCCUCAACACCUGCAUCUCCCAUGUCUGUGCUGUCCUGCUCUUCUUUAUCCCCAUGAUCUGCCUCUCCAUGAUGCACCGGUUUGGCAAAGACGUGUCCCCACAGGUCUACACGUCCACAGCCAACCUCCAUGUCCUGGCUCCACCCAUCCUCAACCCCAUCGUUUACAGCAUGAAAACCAAAGUGAUCCGCAGACAGAUACUGAGGGUGCUCUGCAAGGGGGGGGUCUGCAAGUCCAGGGCUGCCAUUUUCCAGUAA